AUGGAGCAUUUAACUGAUACUUCUCAUAAAAAGAUUACGAGUCCUAAAUCGGACGGGGAUGUGGAAGUGGAAGUAGACGACUAUGACACAAUCGCCACACUUCCAACGAGAGCCCUAUUGACCCCGACUCAGCCAUUAACCCAACCAACCCAAUUAGUUGACUUUCCACUUCCAAAUCCCUCCCAUAUUGUUCAAGUGGCGGCAUCCUCUCCUCCUGCUCCCUCCAAUUCCCCACCUCGUCGCGGCGGUUUGCUUUCCUCACUUCUCGCUCCUUCUGGUACACAAUUCCGUUCUCCAGCAACAACUUCUAUGUUUCCCAGCGAAGGUCCCACCUACCGGGGAGGAUCUUCGGACGACGAGUUUCAAAGUAUUCGCAACGUUGAUAUCCAAAAGUCCACUUUCGAAAAGAUGAAGAGCCCGGAGAAGAUUGCGGAAUCGCCUGUCCGCACCGAAUCCAGCGCAAUGGAUGCCUUUAAGAAGAUCACUGCGGCUGCAGUCUAUGACCCUUCAUUUAGUGGGUUUAAACGUUCGGCGGACCACCUGAGCCCAAUCGCAGCUUCCAGUAACGCCAAAAAGGCUAAACAGGGACCUUAUCGCCAAUUUUCGUCUCUGGAGGCCAUCGAGGACACUCGAGUUCGCAUUCAAACUGAGCGCAUUCAAAAGGUCAUGCCAACCAAGUCUAUCAGCGAAAUCGCCCACGCAGUCAUGAUCGCAAAGGGUAACUACGAUAACGCAUUGGACUAUCUCGCAGGUCCCGAUGAACCCAAUAACAUUAUCUCUAUCAACUCGUCUGAUGACGAGCUGACCAUGUCAACUGCCUCUAUGCCAAUUGCAAAGCAGCAGAAGAUCAAGGCUCUCGGUUCCAUUCGCGCCAAGUGGGCAGCAAAAGCAACUGCGAUUACGACUGUCUCGCAGGACCACCGCCCCUCGGAAGAAGUCAAACCUCGAGGCCGUCUCAUUCGUGGCGCCAGAUCGCGUGCCGCUAUUGUCAUCGACGACGAUGAAGAUGAUAUUCCCACUAAGUCAAAGCCCAUAAACGUGCCUUCACCAAGAUCAGAGAGCUCCGAAGCUCCUAUGUCAGACUCCGAGGAUUCGGACGUUCAGUACCAGGGAUCCACCGCGGGCGGCCUGGACCAGAAAGUUUUGAAGUUCUUCAACACCUGCAAUGUUCUCGAUCUCGUUGACACUGCCACUAUCCCCGAAGAAAGUGCGAGUGUCAUCAUCGCACAGCGUCCCUUUUUCUCGCUUGAUGAAGUCCGUGCUGUUCGGGCCCCAGUCGAUGAAUCCAAAACGGCCAAGGGCAAAAAGCCACGCAAGGCUCCCAAGCCUAUUGGUGACAAAAUUGUCGACAAAUGCAUAGAUAUGUGGACCGGUUAUCUCGCGAUCGAUUCUCUCGUCGCACAGUGUGAGGCCAUGGGCAAGCCAGUAGCACAGGCAAUGGAAAAGUGGGGAGUCAAUGUUUUCGGUAAACCAGAUGGUGAUUUUGAGCUCGCAUCAUUGGGUGGUUCCGGCUCGCACGACUCCGGAAUCGCAACUCCAUCAUCGAACCGUCAGUCUCUCGAUGACAGCGACUCGGACCAUGAUGGCCCUGUGACCGGUUCGCGCAAGCAAAACACCCAAUCUCGUUUCAUCGGACAACCUGCCAUUAUGUCCAACGAUCUUGUCAUGAAAGAUUACCAGAUUGUCGGCCUCAAUUGGCUGUCUCUCUUGUUUGAGAACGACAUGAGCUGCAUUCUUGCCGAUGACAUGGGCCUCGGCAAGACCUGCCAGGUCAUUUCAUUCCUCGCACACCUAUAUGAGAAGGAUGUUAAAGGCCCGCAUCUAGUUGUGGUGCCUGCCUCGACAAUCGAGAAUUGGCUUCGGGAAUUCGAGAAAUUCUGCCCGGCGUUGACCGUGAUCCCAUACUACGGCACGCAGAACGAACGCUUGGAGAUUCAAGAAGAUUUCCGUCAGAGCCGAGAGAACGUCGAUGUGGUUAUCACCACAUAUGCCACUUGCAGAGGCAAGUACGACCACAAGUUCCUCCGCAGUGUGGGCUUUUGUGCCUGUGUUUACGAUGAGGGCCACGUUCUCAAGAAUGCCAAUUCCCAAGUCUACGAGAAGCUGAUUCGGAUUCCCGCAAAGUUCCGUCUCCUGCUUACUGGUACGCCCCUUCAGAACAACCUGCAGGAGCUGGCAUCUCUACUGGGCUUCAUUCUCCCGAAGGUUUUUAAUGAGCACAAGGAGGAUCUGAACGCAAUCUUUGCCAAUAAGGCUAAAACAACUGACGAGACCUCUACUCUUUUGUCAGCUCAGCGUGUUGACCGUGCCAAGUCUAUGCUGAAACCAUUCGUGCUACGCCGCAAGAAGCAUCAGGUCAUCGAUCUUCCGGCUAAAAUCUCUCGCGUCCAGUACUGCAAGAUGAGCGAAUCUCAGCUCAGCAUCUACAACCAUGCGAAGGAAGGAGUGCGCCAGCUGCUGUCAGACCGUGCUGCCGGUAUCAAGACUGGUAACAAGUCCGCUAACAUCAUGAUGAGACUGCGCCAGGCUUCGAUCCACCCUCUCCUUGCUCGCAAGAUCUACAAUGAAGAACUCACUGCUAAGAUCGCAAAGGCAUGCCUCAAGAUCGAAACAAUGACCGACUCCAUCCCAGCUAUCAUUGUGGAAGAUAUGCUUCCAUACAACGACUUCGACGUCCAUGCCAUGUGUGUCAAGUACAAGCCUCUGAACAAGUUCGCGCUUAAGAACCAAGAGUGGAUGGACUCGGGCAAGGUCGAGAUGCUCGCCGAACUCCUCAAGAAAUUCGUUGCGAAUGGCGAUCGCACCCUUAUUUUCUCCCAGUUCACCAUGCUUAUGGACAUUCUGGAGGUUGUUCUUGACACUCUUGAUAUGAAGUAUGUCCGCCUGGACGGCAAGACCAACGUCCAAGAUCGUCAGGCAAUUAUGGAUCACUUCCACGAGCAGGUCGAUAUCCCCGUUUUCCUCCUGUCCACCAAGGCUGGCGGUGCCGGAAUCAACCUGGCUUGCGCCAACAAGGUUAUCAUCUUUGAUUCCUCCUUCAACCCCCAGGAGGAUGUACAGGCUGAGAACCGCGCUCACCGUGUCGGCCAGACUCGUGAGGUCGAGGUUAUCCGCUUCGUUUCUUCGGACACUAUUGAUGAGCAGAUUCACAAACUCGGUCAAACUAAGUUGGCCCUUGACCAGGCUGUUGCAGGUGAAGACGAGGCUUCUUCCAAGAAGAGCGAUGAUGCUGGGUUCAAGGCUGUGGAGAGUAUGAUUUUUGCAGAGAUCGAGAAGGAGGUUACCCACUAG